AUGGACGAUGUUUCCAUGGCCACAAUCAAAGAGGGCAUGAUUUCCAUUGGUCUGGCCAAGCAGUUUGACAUCUGGAGCUCCCCUUCCUCUAAGCUUCUUGACUAUGAUCUCACUCUCUUGGAGUACGUGUACCAGGUAUCGAAACUGAAGAACGAUCCCGAGUUGAAUGUCAGAAUUUACUAUGGUCUGAAGAAGGAUCACGACGAACAGACUAUCCAGGAUGUGUCGAGGCUCGCCACCAAACACCAAUUCUGUCUGCCCGAUGAAACUCCUCUCUGUGACACGACGGCGUUCGAAGACUACGUCAAUCUCCUAGACGAGACCUGUCCUUACGAGAAUAGUGUACCAUCGAUCAAACUAAGGUUCAAAGACGCCUCAUCAUCUCUCAUUGACGAAGACAAGUCGAAGCUAGCAUUGGCAGCUUCAGGUGGCAAUCAACAGGCCCAGAAAGUCGAGAACUCCAAUAUCUCUCCGUCAUCGUUAGAUGAGAUACAGUGGAGGCGGGUCAUCAAGAACUGUCAAGUCAUGCAUGGCUGGUACAUUGACCGAGCGAAUAACGAAGCCAAGAUGGCACCAAAGCCAGCAUUCCGUCUUCGGCCAGGUCUGAAUCUAGAACUAGAUAGUACGGAAGGAGCCGCUGCCGGAGACGCCAUUCCCAACUACGGCGUGACUGACGGCACCCAAAUUGACGUUGUCACCGCCGAGACCGAUAUUCGUAAUUCACUGGUUCGCAACAAUUUUGAAAAGUCUUCCAUAGACAGCAAGAUGGCCAUUGGCUACGCGGGAAUUGGUGUUAGCGUAGCCGCUACGUCUUCCACUGAGUCCCAGAGUGCGCAGUCGGCGGAGAACAAAUCAUCUACCAAGGAAAAUAUUGGUAAAUACAAGCUUCCCCGGGUCACUCUGUUCCUUAACGCAGAUGACCUCGUUCCGACCAAAGAAUUCAUAGAGAACAUUGAAAAGAUCAAAAAGCAAGCAGACGCAACAGACAUCCGCAAAUUCCACGAAAGAUUCGGAAAAUUCUUCUGUCAUCAGGUGGUUCUUGGGGGAAUGUUGCUUUCGACAAAGACUCUGAUUGGGAAUGAAACGGUUGAGGAGGAAAAGCAGAGAUGUGAUUUCAAGCGGGCCAUCGGAAUGUCAAUAUCCUCGCCAGUGGAAGUUGUCAUUGGGGCAGACUCGAAGAGGGAAAACACCUCAGGUGCCAACCAAAACGCGAACCGUAGCUACAGGGAUAACAGCGACAGUGUUGUAUUCGAGGCUGUAGGCGGGAAUACCAUUCUAGCUUCGAAUCCUGCACAGUGGUGCGCAACCGUUGGAGACCACAACAACUGGAGAGUUAUUGGGAGAGCGGAUAUGAAGCCGAUUCUCGAGUCGUUGGCGGAAUGCGGAGAGCCUCGAUGCGAUGAUGCUGCCAAAGUGUUCGCUGAGGCAUCUCAGGUUCCCGUCACGAAAUUCAUCGACAUCCCAAAGUCUACCAAGAUCAUUGCGCAGUUUCGGUUCAAGAGAAGAUCUACAAACGAGGACAGGACGCACUAUCUUCGUCAUAACAUCCACACCCUCAUUACACCCACAUCGACGACCGAGCGAAGGAAUAUGCCAGAGAAGUAA